CGCACUGCCCAAGAAAGUGGUCAACAACAAUGAAGUAUCUAGGCCAGCAUUUGAAUUGGUCAGGUUUGGCAGGCCUCCAGAACAAUCUCAAGCAUACCAUCAGUUUGAGACACCUAUACCCGAGGUAGCGCGCCUUCCAUCAUCCACUCCGCGCUCAACUUGUUCACGUGCCCUACUUCGCAGUUGUUUGGUUCCCAGCAUGGUUCGCCUCCAACCGAAAGCCAGCCUCGGGGCAUUAUCCUAUCAGGAGCUCCGUUCCUUUACUCCGCUUUGGGCUGUCCAAUGAAAAGUAGAAUCCUUGUUCAUCUCGGCCUAUCAUACGACAACAUAGCGUCGGUGAGCGCGCGGGUUUUCUGUUGACAGCGUCAAGCUGCUUUAGCUAGAUGGCGACCAGCGCGAAGGCCGGAACUUCUGGGCUUCUGUCCCACUCCAGGACACUCUUCCUGAGAAGCGACGGCGUACCGCUGCGCUUUUAUAUCAGGCCAGGGGCUACCAAGAGUUCGCUACUGCCGCUAAUAUUGCACGGGGGCGGUGUGAUGUGCCGAGUGCAGGAGCCGGGCGCCAUUCUAUUAAUGGAGUCGGCGGAACGGGAGGAGAUGCCGCGUGGCUACCUUCAGACACAGUACGUGCUAGACUGCGUGGAGAGGAACCAGCAGUUACCAAUGGAGGAUUACAUGGCAGUCGGGAUACCACCCCAGCGAAAGCAGCGACCGAGCGCCGCCGGCAGGGUUCCCUACUCCAAGUCGGAAGACGUGGCUAUCCUGAUGUACGUGCGCGACCACGGCGGCGCGAGCUCGGCGUGCGGCAACGCGCUCUGGCGAGAGAUGGAGCGCGUGCAGCUGACACGUCAUAGCUGGCAGUCCAUGCGGACCCGCUACCUCCAGCAUCUCCGCGGCCACGAGCAUCUCUACCAGAUCGACAGCCGCUCCGUCAUCCCCACCGUCGUCAUCCACCGAAUGCUCGACCGGCCGCCGCCCGAACCAGAAGCGGGUAAAAAGAAUACUGACAGUCUCCAACAUGCUGACCCAAAGUCGAUUGAGGGUGCAUCUUUCCCAGAUGAGCAGGCAUGUGAUGGUGUAAAUUCAGAGGAAGAAUGCUUCAACAUAUUUCCAGUUGCUAUUCGGGAAUUUGAGAUUGAUGGGACUUCUGAACAGCUGAAGGAGACUAGUGAUGUGUCAGAGGUAAAAAAUAUCUCUCAAGAGCAACAGAUGGAAACAGACAAACCACCAGAAGUGAGCAUUGAUGAAAAUUAUCCUAAAAGGAAAGGAACCAUGGAAGAAUUAAGUGCAGACAGUGACCAAAUGGAAACAGACAAACCAAAAGAAGUUAGCCUUGAUCAGCCUUGUACUAAAGUGAAAAGACCUACAACAAAAUUAAUUGUGGACAAUAAGCAGAUGGAAACUGCCAAUCCUCCACACAUGGGCAUUGGGGAGCAUUGUACUAAGGAGAAAGCAUUGUCAGAAUUUGUCAUGAACAACAACAAGCAGUCAGACUCAGGCGCUCAAGCAUCAGUAGAUGAGUUGUCCUUGCCCACAACUUCACAGGAUGAAGUGGAAUGUGCAACCAUGGCUAUCAGUACACUGAUGCAGACUCAUAAUUUAGAGCUUUCUACAGCCACACAGUUGCUACUGAAAAACAAUGGAGAACUGGCAGCAGCAUUACAUUUCAUGGAAACUGGCCACCGUCCAGAUGGUUAUCCUAUCUGGACACACCAAGAUGACCUUGACCUUGAGAAUGUUGAUAGAAAAGUGCAGGAGAAGCUAACCCAAAAGUUUGGCUCUGAGAACCUUGCAAAACGCAUUGCCUUUAGAAAAAGUUAGCAAUAAAGGGAGAUAGGAUUUGAGGAGUGACUAUAUCGUCGAGUCCUGCCUCUUCUGUUUCCUUAGACUUGAAUUUACAGUUGCAUUGCUGAAUAAAAAUUCGUAAGUUAUAAAAAUCAAUUAAUUUGGAGUCUCAUCUUGGUAUAUAAAAUUGAUUCUAAUUUGCCACAAAUGUGGACAGAAGGUCAAGCUUGUAUGAGCAAUAGAAAUGAGAGUUAAAGGCCAUGGAAUUCUUCCCAUACUCCCAUCAGCUUCCUCCAGAUUCUGCACUUGUACACCAGAGGCAAUUUGCAGUGGCUAGCUUGUCUACCAAACUGCAUACCGGUGAUGUGGAAGGAAACCAGAGCACCUGAGGUCACAGGGAGAAAAACAGUCUCUGUGCAUUAACACCAGAUGUUGAGCCUGAGGACAGAUCAUUGGAGCUGUGAGGUAGCACCACUGCUGCCCCAUAUUAGCUGUUUAAUUUAGAUGAAGUUUUGCUGAAAUUUAAAUUUACUGUGCCCAAUCAAAAAUGCAGUUUUGGAAAAUAAUCCCUGAAUGAAUUUUUUUUUUAAGCAGUGGGCUUGAGUGGAAUAAGUGCUUAUGACACAAGUAAGGGAAACAUUUGGGGGCAUUGAUCAUUAAAAUAUGAAUUACAGAAAUAAGCUAAAAUUUGCAAAUCAUUUAUAUGUAUAACUCAAACACUGAUCUCUACAACAAUAUCCAAAUCUUUCUUUUGUAAAUUUAAUGAGAUGCUAAUGUGUACUUGGAUAAUAUUAUUUUUACCUUUUUUCAGUGAGUUCCCUGCAUGUUGUUCACCCUGCUGUUGCUAUCUGAUAUAGUACUUGUUCUGUUUUAACACUGUUUUGAAGUACUGAUAAUUUUCCUAGCCUGUUAUUGGAAUAAGUGGUCUCGAUACAAUGGACUGAUAAUGAGAAAAGUUCCAGUGCUUUCCAGUAAUGCCUCAUGAAGACUUUUGCUGUUGACGUGGAUAAGAUUGCAUUUGCCUGCAGUUCCUUCCAGUCUUUUCUAUAAUACUCAUUGGUGAGAAUGUUGAUAGAAAAGUAUGGGAGAGGCUGAUCCUAAAACUUGGAAAAAUGAAGGAAGUAAUACAGUGAAGCUACUCCUGUCUAUCUUGAUGUGUACACACAUCCUCUGUUACAGAGGAUUUGUAUUCCUAGAGAACUGCCUGUAUUGCUGCAGGAUUUUUUUAUUCUCUGAUAUUAAGCCAAUUUGUUGGUGACGACAAAAUGACUUUUUGCCAUUAUUUCAUUGCCAAGGCUAAUAUUAAAUUUGAGAUGCACAAGGCUCAUGUGGAAGAUGCAACAAAUUGUGCCUUUAUAUUUUGUCCAGUCACUUAAGAUUUGGAUAUCACGUCAAUAUGGUUGGCGUGCAGAGCAGAUUCCCUCAUUUGCCACACACUCUUAGCCACAUGUUUGAGUGCAAGUGGAUUGGUAUCUCUACAGCACUGCUGUGCUCCUUAUCUGCAAGGCGUUUUGUCUUGACCUGCAAAGCUUGUAGAUUUGGAAAAGGUUGAUGAAAUGGGGAUUCAAAGAAAGGAGUGGGAUUUGGGAUUGAGGUCCUGUUAUCACUGAUGUAUGUAGUAAAAGCUGUUGCUUUGCAGUCACAGUAGAGUGCAGUACUUAAACCCUACAGCACAAUUCAACAAGAAAUAUUUUUUUUAAAGUGCAAAAAGAGAACAAAAUAGUGAGUUCAUGGGCCAUUCAGAAAUCUGGUAGAGGCAAAGGAACAUAAGAAAUAGGAGCAGAAGUAGGCCAUCUGACCUGUCAAGUCUGCUCUGCCAUUCAAUAAGAUCAUGGCUGAUCUGGCCAUGGACUGAUCUGGCCAUGGACUGAUCUCCCUACCUGCCUUUUCCCCAUAGCCCUUAAUUCCCCUACUAUGCAAAAUCUUCCAAUGUUGUCUUAAAUAUAUUUACUAAGGUAGCCUCCACUGCUUCAUUGGGCAGAGAAUUCCACAGAUUCAGCUCUCUAGGAAAAGCAGUUCCUUCUCAUCUACUAGUGAAAAUAACUUUCCUGCCCCUAUCUUAUCUAUCCCUUUCAUAAUUUUAUAUGUUUCCAUAAGAUCUCCCCUCAUUCUUCUGAAUUUCAGCAAGUACAGUACCAGAUUACUCAAUCUCUCCUUACAGUCUAACCCCCUCAUCUCUGGAGUCAACCUGGUGAAUCUCCUUUGCAACACCUCCAAAGGUAGUAAGUAUAUCCUUACUCAAGUAAGAAGACAAGAACUGCAUGCAGUACUCCAGGUGCGGCCCUGUACAAUUGCAGCACAACUUCCCUGCUCAUAAAUUCAGUCCCUCUAGCAAUAUUGAUAGCCUGCUGCACGUGCAAACCAACCUUUUAUGAUUCAGGCACAACUACUCCCAAGUCCCUCUGCACAGCAGCAUACUGCAGUUUUUUACCAUUUAAAUAAUAAUCUUGUCAUUUUUCCUUCCAAAGUGGAUGACCUCACAUUUACCGACACUGUACUCCAUCUGCCAGACCCUUGCCCACUCGCUUAACCUAUUUAUAUCUCUCUGCAGACUUCCAGUGUCUUCUGCAUAAUUUGCUUUUCCAUUCAAUUUAGUAUAAUCAGCAAACUUAGAUGCACUACACUCAGUCCCCUUUUCCGGAUUGUUCAUAUAUAUCAUGAACUGUUGUGGGCCCAGCACCGAUCCCUGCAGCUAUUCUCCAACAAAAGUAACAUCUGUGUAACCCAACUCACUAAUUUCUAUUAGUUAACCAAUCCUCUAUCCAUGCUAAUACAUCACCCCCAACUGUAUGCAUCCUUAUCUUAUGGAUUAGUCUUUUAUACGGCACCUUAUCAAAUGCCUUCUGGAAAUCCAAGUAAAUAACGUCCAUCUCUUCCCCUCUAUCCACUACGCUCGUUAUAUCCUCAAAGAGCUCCAGUAAGUUUGUCAAAGAGGACCUGCCUUUGCUGAAUACAUGCUGCAUCUGCCCGAUGGAUCUGUUUCUUUCCAGAUGCCUUGCUACUUCUUUAAUAAUAGCUCAAGCAUUUUCCCAACUACAUAUGUUAAACUAACCUGCCUUUUGCCUGCAUCUUUUUUUGAACAGUGGCGCGACAUUCACCAUCUUCCAAUCCUCUGGGACCUGCCCAGAGUCCAAAGAAUUUUGGUAAAUUAUCGCCAAUGCCUCUACCAUAACUUCUGCUAUUUCUUUCAGUACUCUGGGAUGCAUUUCAUCAGGGCCAGAGGACUUGUCUAUCUUCAGGCCCACAAUUUGCUCAGCACUACCUCUUUAGUGAUAGCUAUUGUAUUGAGGUCCUCUCCUCCCAUCGCAUCCUUAACAUCUCUGGCAUGAAGACGUGUCCUCCACCAUUAAGACCAACACAAAAUAGUCAUUUAAAGCCUCAGCCAUUUCCUCACUACCCAAUAUCAAUUCCCCCUUCUCGUCCUCCAAGGGACGUACAUUCACUUUAGCCACCCUUCUCUGCUUUAUAUAUUUAUAAAAAGUUUUCUAUCAGUUUUUGUAUUUUGUGCCAGUUUAUUUUCAAAAUCCAAAUUCCCUUUCUUCAUUGCUUGUUUAGUGGUUCUUUUUUGCUUUUUAAAGAUUUCCCAUUCGUCCAAUUUCCCACUACUCUUGAUGGCUUUGUAUGCACAUGCUUUUAGUUUGAUGCUGCCUUUAUUUCCGUAGUUAUCCAAGGCUGGCUCUCCCCACCCUUACUGUCCUUGCUUUUAACUGGAAUAUACUUUUGUUGAACACCGUGAAAAAUGUCUUUGAAAGUCUCCCACCAUAUAGCCUGUGUUCCCAGUCUACAUUAACCAAAUCCUCCCUCUUCCCAUUGUAGUCUCUGUUGUUUAGGCAUAAUACCAAAACACUAUUAUUGCACCCUCCAUUUCUAUGAGAAAUUUGAGAUCACUCUUUCUAAGAGAAUCCCUAACUACAAGAUCACUGAUUUUACCUGUCUCAAUUCACAGGACCAGAUCUAAGAUACCGCGUUCCCUUGUGCGUUCAGUAACAUGCUGUUCAAGAAAGUCGUCAUGGAUGCAUUCUAUGAAGUUUUCAAGACGGCCUUGACCAAUUUGGUUCACCCAAUAUAUGUGCAAUUUAAAGUCCCUUACAAUAACUGCUGCUCCAUUCUUGUAUGCCUCAAAUAUUUCUGUUUAUUGUCUAUGCCACUGUAAUGUUAUUAUUCGGUGGCCGAUAGACAACCCCACCAGUGAUUUUUUUUUCCCUUUUCUAUUCCUAAUCUCACCCUAGGUGGAUUCAACAUUCUGCUCCCUAGAUCUUAUAUCGUGACUCACCAUUGCCCUGAUCUCACUUUUAAUGCCUUGUGCUACCCCACCUACCUUACCUUCAUAGAAACAUAGAAAAUCUACAGCACAAUACAGGCCCUUUGGCCCACUAAGCUGUGCCAAACAUGUCCUUAUCUUAGAAAUUUCCUGGGGUUACCCAUGUCCCUCUAUUUUUCAAAGCUCCAUGUACCUAUCGAGCCUCUUAAAAGACCCUAUAGUACCUGCCUCCACCACUAUCACCGGCAGCCUAUUCCAUGCAUUCACCACUCUGUGUUUAAAAAAAAACAACAAACGAACAAAACAAACUUACCCCUGACUUCUCUGUACCCGCUUCCAAGCACCUUAAAACUGUGCCCUCAUGCUAGCCAUUUCAGCCCUAGGAAAAAGCCUCUGACUAUCUACACGAUCAAUGCCUCUCAUAAUCUUGUACACAUCUAUCAGGUCACCUCUCAUCCUCCAUCGCUCCAAGGAGAAAAGGCCAAGUUCACUCAACCUAUUCUCAUAAGGCAUGCUCCCCAAUGCAGGCAACAGCCUUGUAAAUCUCCUCUGCACCCUUUCUAUGGUUUCCACCUCCUUCCUGGAGUGAGGCAACCAUAACUGAGUGCAGUACUCCAAGUGGGGUCUGACCAUGGUCCUAUGUAGCUGCAACAUUGCCUCUUGCCUCUUAAACUCCAUCAAUCAUGGGAUUAAGGACAAUGCAUUGUAUGCCUUCCUAACCACAGAGUCAACCUGUGCAGCAGCUUUGAGUGUCCUAUGGACUCAGACCCCCAAGAUCCCUCUGAUUCUCCACAUUGCCAAGAGUCUUGCCAUUAAUACUAUAUUCUGCCAUUACAUUUGACCUACCGAAAUGAACCACCUCACACUUAUCUGGGUUGAACUCCAUCUGCCACUUCUCAACCCAGUUUUGCAUCACAUGUCCUGCUGUAACCUCCGACAGCCCUCCACACAUUCCACAACACUCCCAACCUUUGUGUCAUCAGCAAAUUUACUAAUCCAUCCCUCCACUUCCUCAUCCAGGCCAUUUAUAAGAACCACGAAGGGAAGGGGUCCCAGAACAGAUCCCUGAGGCACACCACUGGUCGCUGACCUCCAUGGGCAAGCCAGUUCUGGAUCCAAAAAACAAGGUCCCCCUGGAUACCAUGCCUCCUUACUUUCUCAAUAAGCCUUGCAUGGGGUACCUUAGCAAAUGCCUUGCUGAAAUCUAUAUACAACAUACCUACUGUCCUAUCUUCAUCAAUAUGUUUAGUCACAUCCUCAAAAAAUUCAAAUGGGGCUCAUAAGGCACGACCUGCCUCUGACAAAGCCAUGCUGACUAUUCCUAAUCAUAUUAUGCCUCUCCAAAUAUUCAUAAAUCCUGCUUCUCAGGAUCUUUUCCAUCAACUUACCGACCACUGAAGUAAGACUCAUUGGUCUGUAAUUUCCUGGUCUAUCUCUACUCCCUUUCUUAAAUAAAGGAAAAACAUCCGCAGCCCUCCAGUCCUCCAGAACCUCUCCUGUCCUCAUUGAUGAAAAGAUCACUGCCAGAGGCUGAGAAAUCUCCUUCCUCACCACCUACAGUAGUCUGGAGUACAUCUUGUCCAGUCCUGGUAACUUAUCCAACUUGGUGCUUUCCAAAAGCUUCAGUACAUCCUAUUCCUUAAUAUCUACAUGCUCAAGCUUUUCAGUCCGCUGUAAGUCAUCCCUACAUCGCUAAGAUCCUUUUCCGUAGUGAAUACUGAAGCAAAGUAUUCAUUAAGUACCUCUGCUAUCUCCUCCAGUUCCAUACACACUUUUCCACUGUCACACUUGAUUGGUCCUAUUCUCUAACAUCUUAUCCUCUUGCUCUUCACAUACUUGUAGAAUGCCUUGGGUUUUUCCUUAAUCCUGUCUGCCAAGGCCUUCUCAUGGCCGCUUCUGGCUCCUAAUUUCAUUCUCAAGCUCCUUCCUGGUAGCCUUAUAAUCUUCUAGGUCUCUCUCAUUACCUAGUUUUUUGAACCUUUCGUAAGCUCUUCUUCUUGACCAGAUCUACAACAGCCUUUAUACACCACGGGUCCUGUACCCACCGUCCUUUCCCUGUCUCAUGGAAAUGUACCUAUGCAGAACCCCACGCAAAUAUCCCCUGAACAUUUGCCACAUUUCUUCCAUACAUUUCCCUGAGAACUAUUGUUUCCAACCUAUGCUUCCAAGUUCGUGCCUGAUAGCUUCAUAUUUCCCCUUACUCCAAUUAAACGCUUUCCUAACUUGUCUGUUUCUAUCCCUCUCCAAAGCUAUUGUAAAGGAGAUAGAAUUGUGAUCACUAUCUCCAAAUUGCUCUCCCACUGAGAGAUCUGACACCUGACCAGGUUCAUUUCCCAGUAUCAGAUCGAGUACAGCCUCUCUUGUAGGCUUAUCUACAUAUUGUGUCAAGAAACCUUCCUGAACACACCUAACAAACACCACCCAUUCAAACCCCUCGCUCUAGGGAGAUGCCAAUCGAUAUUUGGGAAAUUAAAAUCUCCACCACAACAACCCUGUUAUUAUUACACCUUUCCAGAAUCUCUCUCCCUAUCCGCUCCUCGAUGUCCCUGUUGCUAUUGGGUGGUCUAUUUUUUAAAAAAAAAACAUCCAGUGUUGAUCCCUUCCUGUUACUAACGUCCACCCUCAAUAGACAAUUCAUCCAUGUCUUCCUCCUUUUCUGCAGCAGUGACACUAUCUCUGAUCAGCAGUGCCAUGCCCCCACCUCUUUUUCCUUCCUCCCUGUCCUUUCUGAAACUUCUAAAGCCUGGCACUCAAAGUAACCAUUCCUGCCCGUGAGCUAUCCAAGUCUCCAUAAUGGCCACAACAUCAUAGCCCCAAGUACUGAUCCAUGCUCUAAGCUCAUCCACUUUGUUCAUAAUAUUCCUUGCAUUAAAAUAGAUACAUCUCAAACCAUCAAUCUGAGCCUUUUCUAUCACCUGCCUAUCCUCCAUCUCACACUGUCUCCAAGCUUUCUCUAUUUGUGAGCCAACUGCAUCUUCCUGCGUCUCUUCAGUUCGGUUCCCACCCUCCAGCAAUUCUAGUUUAAACUCUCCCCAAUAACCUUAGCAAACCUUCCUGCUAAGAUAUUGGCCCCCCUUAGAUUCAAGUGCAACCCGUCCUUUUUGUACAGGUUACACCUACCCCAAAAGAGGUCCCAAUGAUCCAGAAAUCUGAAUCCCUGCCCUCUGCUCCAAUCCCUCAGCCAUGCAUUUAUCCUCCACCUCAUUCUAUUCCUAUACUCACUGUCACGUAGCACAGGCAGUAAUCCCGGGUGACAUAGCAAAUCUUCUCAAACUCCUAAUGAAAUUUAGCUGCUGUUAUGUCUUCUUCAUGAUUGCAUCAAUAUGUUCGGCCCAGGAUGUUGACACAGAGGAACUUGAAACUGUUCAUUCUUUCCACUAGUGACCCGUUUGAGUGUAUGUUCCCUCAACUUCCUUUCCCAAAGGUCACAAUCAUUUCCAUGGUCUUAGUGAAGGUUCUUCGUAUUGAGUGACUUAAAUUUUGCCAGUUCUUUCACAUUCGUUUGUUUAUUUCCACAUCAAUUAUUAUUUCUUACCUCAAAUUUUUGGGUAGUGAUUUCUGAAUUUCAUAAGGGUAGAUUUCUGUCGUCUGAAUGGCUAUAAUGUGACAGUUGCCUGUAUGUUGAAUGUAAUUUUUUACUCUAAAGCUAAUUAUUGGUGAUGGCAUAUGGCUGCACAAUGAAGCCUGUGGGAUUAUGUACCACCUAUUAACUGCCAACACUUUAUUUAUCAGACUAGUAUAUUGUGGUACACUCAGAUGAUGUUCAAUAAAAAGGGAAGGCUCUAACUAAUACACAAGGAAAUAAAAUUUAAUUUGUAAGUGAAAGUCCUUGGAAUUCCAUCCUUCACUUAUAUUCUUCAGCACUUUUUUUUUCCCCAGAACACAUGAAUAAAAAGUUUUAAAGAAUUACACAUGCUUUGGGAUUUGCAGCUUUUGCUCCACUUUGGAGCGUAAGUUCAUGCAACAAUCACGGGCAAAUAUUCCUGAGGUGCUUAACAGUAAAACUGUUGCUGAGGCUCGAAGAAUUUUAUUAGGAUAGGUGAUCAAAAACAGUUUUUUUUAAAGUUUUAUUUCAAGAAGGGAAAAUGGUGGAAAGGUGUUACAAAGCCUUGGCAAUUGUGCUUCAGCUGGCAACAGCGCGGUGUUUGCAGUCUGGAAUGAGUAGGCGAAUAGAAUUUGAGAUUCUUUUACAUGUGACAGUUAUAAGAUUGGAGAAAAUCAGGUUGUGGAAGUUAAUAGAGAGAUUUGAAAAUGUUUUGUUUUUAAAUAGCCUUUGCCUAACUAGGAGCCUGUGGAAGUAACUAUGUUCACUUCAGAGAUUUGAUUCACUUGUCUGCAACCACAUAUAUCCAACUGUGGCUGCCAGAGACGAACAUCCCAGAAGCGUUUGCCAUUUCAGUCUUUUACUAUUGAAGUAUCUCCUGCACACUGUCCAUGUUAUCCAUUUUGAUAAUUGUGUGAGAAAUGGAGUGAAAAGUUAAAAGUAAUUCCAUUUAUUUAAGCAGGUCUUCAAUGGCUUGCUGUAUUGCCCAGUUCCUUCAUAAUUUUCAUCCUCCCCUAAAAAGACUUCCCAUCUUUUGAUUUUGUAAUAUAAUGAAGCAAACUAAGUAGUUACUGAAAGUAAAUAAAUUAUUUCCAGUUACUACUGCCCUAAUCCCAGUCCCCGCCCCCAGGCUCAAAAGAACCAACCAAGGACAAUGACCCUUGAUUAAAGGUUAAUCACUGUUUCACAAGCUGUUCAGUAUAUGUGUUCCAUCUUAUAAAACAUUGAGUAGUAUUUACUGGAAUGAAUAUUACAAAAAUAUUACCCCUCUAAUUUUUAAGAUGAACUGAAACUUCUGGAAAUCUUGAUACCAAAGUCCAAGGACAGAAUAGGUAUUCAUUCAAUGUUUUGUCUGUUAUUAAAUCUACAUUUUGAAGCAGUAAUGUCACUGACUGUAUUUUUUCAGUUACAGUUUAGCCUAGAAGUAUGAAUCAUUGUUACUUCUGCAAUAGAACAUAGAAUAGUACAACACAGUACAGGCCCUUCGGCCUACAAUGUUGUGUCAACCCUCAAACCCUGCUUCCCAUAUAACCCCCCACCUUAAAUUCCUCCAUAUACCUGUCUAAUUGACUCUUAAAUUUCUUCACCUCUUCAUUCCCGGAAUUAUCCUCACGAACCUCCUCUGAAUGGUGAGACAAAACAACCUUAAUGCCUUUUUUUUUUAAAGAAAAAGCAGUCUGUUUGUAAACUCGGCCUUUUAACCAUUAUGUAAAUUUGUUUCCUGGGCAAAUGAUAAAGUGUGCAUCCUUUAUCAAAAUAGAAUUUAAUGCAGACAAGUGAGGUUUUGCAUUUUGGUAGGACCAACCAGGGUAGGUCUUACAGUUAAUGGUAGGGGACUGAAGAGUAUGGUAGAACAAAGGGAUCUGGGAAUACAAGUACAUAAUUUGUUGAAAGUGGUGUCACAGAUAGAUAGGGUCAUAAAGAAGGCUUCUGGCACGUUGGCCUCCGUAAAUCAAUGUAUUGAGUACAGGAGGUGGGAUGCUAUGUUGAAGCCGUAUAAGAUGUUGGUAAGGCCUGAUUUGGAACAUUGCUUACAUCUUUCCUGUAGGUAGGUGACCAAGGUUGAAAGAGUAUUGAGAAAAUUCACAAGGAUAUUGCCAGGUCUGGAGGACCUGAGUUAUAAGGAAAUGUUGAAUAGGUUAGGACUGUAUUCUUUAGAACGUAGAAGAUUGACAGGAGAUUUGAUAGAGGUAUAGAAUGGGUAAAUGCAAGCAGGCUUUUUCCACUGAGGUUGGGUGGGACUACAACCAGAGGUCAUGGGUUAAGUGUGAAAGGACAGAAAUUUACGGGGAACAUGAGGGGAAACUUCACUCAGAGAGUUGUGAGUGUGUAAAUGAGCUGCCAGCACAAGUGAUGCAUGCAAUUUCUUGAAUCUGAUCCUUAGUUCUAGGCUCUCUGGCCAAGGGAAACAACUUUAGUCCCUUGGACCUAUUUGUCCAUAGGUAAAUUGGUUUGUUACUCUCACAUUCACGGAGGUACUGUUCAUACAGAUCAAUUCAUUCCAACAGUACAUUGAGGUAGUACAAGAGAAAAUAGUGUUACAUUUACAUAGAAAGUGCAGUUUUGAGCAAGCCGCAAGGACGUAAUGAGGUAGAUUGAGGUCAACAGUCAAUUUCAUCCUUGGGAAUUGCUCAGUAUAAUGGGGAUUGAAGCUGUCCUUGAGCCUGCUGCUACGUGCUUUCAGGCUUUUGUAUCUUUAUUUUUGGUGGUGGGGGGAAUAUCGUUAGUUAUGCUGGCUGCUUUUUGGAGAGAAUCCAUGGAGGGGAGGUCGGUUUCUGUGAUGUGCUGAGCUGCAUCUAGAGUUCUGCAGCUUCUUGUGGUUACGGAUAGAGCAAUUGCCAUACCAAGGCAUGAUGCAUCUGGAUAAACGCUUUCUAGGGUUUGUAGGAGUCAUGUAUUUAUUUUCUAUCUGUAUUGUAUUUUGUGGUGUUUUAUUAAGGUGAUCUGUCAAGUUGGUUGGGGCAUGGUAGAAGUAAAUGAGCAGAGUUACAUAUUCACGCUUUGCUAAUUGUUUAGUGAAUAAGCCACAAGGAAUGAUAUUUCUUGUUGACCGUUAAUUGGAACGUUAUUAAACCACUUAAAGAUGCUAACUUCACUAACUGGAAUGAUAAUUUAAUUUGACCGCUAAUUACACUUAGUUAUGUUGCUAUUUAGAAGGCUUAGUUACACUACUUUGAGCAAUAAAAUAGCUAUAUUGUUGAUCUAGUUUUGUUAGUUUUUUUUAAAAUCGCUACAAGAUUGUUUGGCUUUGGUUUCAUAAUAAAGGAUUGAACAUACCUUUCUCAAAUUGGAAGCACAUCAUACAGUGAGUACCCUGGCUUAGUCUCUCAGCGGUUUUG